AUGAAUGCAAUUUUCAAUCCCGAGGCAAUAAGCGUUUGUUUUAACGUUAUCUUUGACAAAGAAGAAAACGAGAGCCAAGCAGCUUCAAGUUCUUCAGCACCCAAGUUAACUAGAAGGGUGAUCAAUCGAGAUCACCUUGGUGCUGCAAAACUUUUAUACGCUCAUUACUUUGCGCCUAACUGCACCUACCCACCCAACAUGUUUCGUAGAAAGUUUAGAAUGCGAAAGGAAAUGUUUCUUCGCAUAGCGCGAGAUAUACACUCCUUUAACAGCUUAGCGUAUAGCUAUAAGGCUGAUGCUUUGGACGAGUACUUGCAAAUGGCGCAAGAUACUGGGUACCAGUGUUUAGACGCUUUCUGCAAGUGUGUGAUACACAUGUAUCAAGAAGAGUACUUGAGAAGGCCAACAGAAGUAGAUAUCCAACGGAUAACUACUAAACAUGAGCAGGUUCAUGGUUUUCCGGGCAUGCUUGGUAGCAUAGAUUGCAUGCAUUGGGGGUGGAGGAGCUGUCCGGUGGAAUGGCAAGGGUAG